GAGGAUGCGCACGAGGACGUGCCAGAUCUAUACUUGACACUAUAGAAGCAUAAAUAUAUGUAUCAGAUCAAAUCCUAGCUGUUUAAGAAGGAUAUCACAGUAAGUUGAUAAUGGCUGGUCCUCAGAGCGGCUCAAACGUAACGCGUAAUUUCACAAAUCAAUUCGUGCAGCCGCCGUGGCGCGUCGCGAUCUGGUCGGUCGCGUACAGCUCCGUGCUGGCGGUCGCUGUGUUCGGUAACCUCAUCGUUAUUUGGAUCAUUUUGGCUCAUAAACGGAUGCGCACCGUGACCAACUAUUUCUUGCUCAACUUGGCGUUCUCCGACGCCUCGAUGGCCGCCUUCAACACGCUCAUCAACUUCAUUUACGCCACGCACGGAGAGUGGUACUUUGGAGAGGUUUACUGCAAGUUCCACAACUUCUUUCCCGUGACCGCUGUGUUUGCCAGCAUUUACUCCAUGACAGCGAUUGCAGUCGACAGGUACAUGGCCAUAAUUCACCCUCUAAAGCCUCGUCUGUCAGCUACCGCUACUAAAGUGGUGAUUGUCUGUAUUUGGGCCCUGGCUGUGAUUUUGGCCUUCCCGCUGUGUUUCUACUCGACCACGAGAACUAUGCCUCGCAGAACCAUCUGCUACGUCGCCUGGCCGAGACCUUCUGAGGAUUCGUUCAUGUAUCAUAUCAUAGUAACGGUGCUGGUGUACAUGCUGCCCCUAGUGGUCAUGGGUAUCACCUACACUAUAGUCGGGGUGACACUUUGGGGAGGAGAGAUUCCUGGAGAUUCGUCGGACAGUUAUGUUGGACAGUUACAUGCCAAAAGGAAGGUGGUGAAGAUGAUGAUCGUGGUGGUGGUGACCUUUGCCCUCUGCUGGUUGCCCUAUCACGUCUAUUUCAUUGUGACGGGUCUAAACAAGCGUCUGAACAAGUGGAAGUCCAUCCAGCAGGUCUAUCUGUCUGUGUUGUGGCUGGCCAUGAGCUCCACCAUGUACAACCCCAUCAUUUACUGCUGUCUGAAUGGCAGGUUUAGGGCCGGUUUCAAACGGGCCUUCAGGUGGUGUCCCUUCAUCCAUGUGUCCAGCUACGAUGAACUCGAGCUCCGUCCCACCCGUCUCCACCCACACAACCAGAGCAGCAUGUGCACCCUGUCCCGCAUCGACACCAGCAUCCACGGCGACGACCCGCGCCAAAGCAACCGCAAGAGCACCAAGUCCCAGUGUCAGGUGGAGGUCAAAGAUGAAAGCAGCAGCUACUAAACUCUGCCUUCACAGAGAGCCCACGUUUGCAACCGAGCAGCUCAGCUGAAGGGCCCCACGUGCAUCAGAUCGUGGUUCUGUUAUAGGUGCUCUGUCAUAGACAUACUUUAAAUAACACAAAGCGAAUCCAUCCACAGGUGUUAUAUAAAUGAGAUACUGUACACUUCAGGGUGUGCAUUGAGACUAAAUGCACUCAAACCUGCAGCAUGAUGAGGUAAUACUGCCUCCAAGUGGAGAACUUUGAGUGUUUUCAGUGUAGUCUAGCAUACUACUCAAUGCAUGCUGCCUAGUGUAUACUGCAUACUGCCUUCUAUGCUUCUUUAAAUAGAACACAACAUAGUACACAUUAUGCAAUGACAAACAUUUAAAACAUGAAAACAUAGCAUGCUACACUACAGAUGCAUGACCUCAUCAUGUUGCAUGAUUAUCUAGGAAAAUACAUUUGGCACAUUUGAUUCAGUUUUGUUUACAAAAAAUGGUUAAAGUCUGUCAGAUGAUGCUAAAAUGAUGCUAAAAUCUGAUUCAUUCAUUUCAAUAGAAUUGGACUGUCAAAUCAAAGUCAAGUGUGUCCUGCACAUUUUGACAGCCGUUUAUCUUUGUACAUGCACAGACCAUGUGCAUUCUGUGCAUUUUGAACAUAUCCAGCACUUCUCCUGCGUGAAAGUGUAUUUCAGUUUGAUUUUUUUGUAAGGGAGAUUGACUUCAAAAGUUUAAUUGAAUGUAAAUCUUACUGUAAUAAUACAUCUGAGCCAACAAACGUAUAGGCAGAUUUUAAACGUGUGCUGUGAGAUGAAUCAAUCAAAAGGAAAUGAGUCUACAUGAUUUUAAAUAAUGUACUGAGUGACAGAAAUAAUGGGCUUUAUUUGAAUUCCGUAAAACCAUUCUCACAUACAUUGGUGCACAAAGCUCUGUCUGUUUUGUAAAUAAGGUCUAAUGAAUGUAUA